AUGUUCUCGGAAUAUGCUUCGCGAUUUCUGGCUCAGUCACAGUCGCGAGUAGUAUCUCGCCCUGAUGAGCUUCAGCGGACGGGCCGUGGUCGUCCGAAUCCCCUUCAAGGCAACUCUCGACACCCCUCCUCGCGGUCUUUUUUGAGAACCGGUGAUCCGUACCGACCGGGUGUGUCCCAGGUCUCUAACUUUCCCUUUGCUUCGCGGGCGUCGGUUCAACCGGCUCCCCUUUUCUACAGCGCCACCGAUGAAUUCCGCGAAGAAGACGACGAGACAGAACGGGAGCGGGAAAUUGCCGAUUUUUAUGCAUUACAACAUUCACGACGGCAUUUUGGCGAUAGCACCCUGAAGGAAUCAUCUGAACUUGAAGAUUCCGAACGUUCGGGGGGUUUGGAUGAAGGACAGUCCCCAUAUGAUGACCGUCCCGGUAAUGGAAAAGGGAUCAAAAGCUCGUGGCGCGGUGAAAAGGGGGCUCCCGUGGUCCAAAAUUCCCGUAUUGAGACCGUGGCCGAGGUGACCGAGCACGAGUACGGGACUCACAGCAGCCCCAGUAGGCCACGAGGGAGACUGGUUGACGUUGGCCUCGAGGAUUCUCUUCGUGCCGAUUUUGACGAGGAACUGGCUCCAUUCAGCCCCGUUGGUGACCACCCGCCAAUCCAACGAUUUCGGGAACGACCGUCAGUCGAGGACGAUGUUUUUGGGCUCGCUCCAUCUAUGGGUUCUACAGAACAGGCUAAACACGCCACUCGAGAAACUCCACGAUCGCCGAGCUCGACAAGCUCAUUUCCGGCGUCAAUCUCGCCCCAGGUCCUCGAAUCUUCAGCACAUGAUGGCUUCUGGGGCCAGCUGUUCUUGAUAUCUCUUGCAGGUCUCUUUGCCACCGCUUUCCUUGUCUACCUUAACACAUCCACUCCCCCCGGAGACAAAUCCAAAUGGGGUGACACGAUAUAUUUGACUGUUCACCGGUCUUUCUUCCUUCUCGGGAUUUACACUGUUGUUUCGGUUUUUGUGUCUCUGAUCUGGCUUGCCUUACUGCGAUCGUACGUGCGACUUCUGGUUUACAUGAUUCUCAUUGCAGUCCCCAUCAUUCUAUACUCCUUCUCCCUUUACCCAUUUAUAUCAAGCUUCAAGGGAGAAUGGCACGGGUCAAGCAUCCAGGAUAGGGCGAUGCGAUGGGGCUCUAUGGUCCCGUUUCUGAUGGCCAGCGUGUGGAUUUACAACGUUGUUCGGGGACGUCAAUCGAUCGGAAAGGCGAUAAGUGUUCUUGAGUUUGCCUGUCGCAUCCUAGCGGCCAACCCUGGGUUGCUUGCCUUGGGAUUGGGUGUCCUGGUCUGUGUCGUGUCGUGGACAUGGAUCUGGAUGCUGAUGUUCACUCGUGUGUUUCUGGGCGGGCAUCUCGCGGCCCCUAGGUCAUUCGUGGUGGAUCUGAGCAGCUGGUGGUUGGGUGUGUACUUCGUCAUGGUCUAUCUAUGGUCGAUUGGUGUCCUUGCGGGGAUUCAACGUGCCGUUACGGCUGCGACAGUGAGUCAAUGGUAUUUCCACCGCUUGACCACCCCGGCACCCACGUCGAGACAGAUAAUCCAAGCCGCCGUCGUCCAUGCCACCACCACCUUGUUUGGGACUGUCUGUCUCUCCCGACUUCUGGGGCUCUUGAUGCGGCUUCCCUUACUUGUGCUUCCCGGCCGUCUCGCCUCGUUUCUUAGUUUGUUUGCCUAUUCCCUCGUUCCCACGCCGCUCGCAUAUCUGACCAACCCUCUUUCACUCACCUACGCGGCAAUUCAUUCCCAACCACUCCCUGCUUCUGCGCGCGGUUUGAGCCAGAUGGCUGUUCUUGCUCCGUCAGUGGCCUCCACUUCUUUGCAUCCCCGGGCGUAUUCCCGCCCCCCUGGAGGCCCUGCGUCACUGGUUUCGUACCGCCUCUCGAAGCUGAUUCUUCAUGCCGCCCGUAUGAUGAUGUCGUUGGCUCUCGGGUUCGGUGGUUGGGUAACUACCGCCAGAAGUAUGACCACCUCUUCAACAGGUGGCACUAUCCGAGGCAGUCUCUAUGCCUAUGUGGUAGGCCUCAUUGCUGGAACCAUUGGUUGGAGCAUUCUGGGCGCCAUGGAAGGUGUCAUUGCGGACAUUGUGGACGCCUCUGUGAUCUGCUGGGCCAGCGAAGUUGGUAUCUAUGGCAGGGAAGCCCGGUACUGCCGGGAAGCCGGCUGGCUUUUUGACGACUCCAGUCCUGACUUUCGAGAAGUUUAG